CAGUGCUGAGCUGGCGAGGCGGAGGAAGAGGAGACGGCGGUGAACGAGGAGGAGGAGGAGGGAGGUGGUAGGAGGUGGACAAGGAGGUGGACGAGUAGCUGAGGAGGACUUUCACUGAACAGCGACAGCGGCAGCAGCAGCAGCAGCCAUGGUUCUGCGCAAAAAGAACAAGAGUCCGCCCGUGCUGAGCCACGAGUUCGUGAUUCAGAACCACGCGGACAUCGUGUCGUGCGGGGCCAUGCUCAUCGCGCUGGGUCUGGUGUUCGAGGUGACGGCAAAAGUGGCGGUGGUGUUCAUCACGCUGCAGUACAACGUGACUGUGCCCGCCAGCGAGGGGCAGGAGGAGCGCGUCCUCUACCAGUACGGGCCCAAGGACGCGGCAGCGGCGCUCUUCUACGCGCUGCUCGUCAUCGUGUGCCACGCCGUGCUGCAGGAGUACGGCCUCGACAGGCUCAACCGGCGGUUGCACCUCUCCAAGACGAAGCACAGCAAGUUCAACGAGUCCGGGCAGCUCGCCGCCUUCUACCUCGUCUCCGUCGGGUGGGCGGCCUACAUCCUUCUGCCCGAGAAUGACGUGACUCGCCCCGCCAGCCUGUGGGAGGGCUACCCGCAUACGGAGAUGCCGUUCCUUGUGAAGUUUUUCUUCAUCGGGCAGCUGGCCUACUGGCUGCACGCCAUCCCUGAGCUCUACUUCCAGAAGAUCAAGAAGGAGGAUAUGGCGCGGCAAAUCCAGUACAUCUCACUCUACCUGAUCCACAUCGCAGCUGCCUAUGUGCUCUCGCUAUGGCGGCUGGGGCUGGUGCUGCUGCUGCUGCACUACGCGGUGGAGCUCGUGUUUCACACGGCGCGCAUCCUCUCCUUCUACACGGAGCGCGUGCGCAGACUGUUCACGGUGUGGGCCGUGCUGUUCGUGGUGGCGCGCCUCGCCACGCUCACCCUCACUGUGCUCACAGUGUGGUUUGGACUCGCGCGCUCGCUCCCCCAGGGGCUCGACCUGGCGACCGGAAACUUCAACACGGUCACCGUGCGGAUGAGCACGCUGGCCGCCGUGUGCCUCACCCAGGUGUGGAUGAUGUGGCGGUUCCUCAACUUCCAGCUGCGGCGGUGGCGCGAGAGCCGCCACGCUGCCCAGGCCGCCGCCGCCGGCGCCCGCAAGGCCGGCGGGGGCCCCCCGCUGCGCUCGGGCAAGAGCCGCAAAGACGCCGCGUCGCACGUGAACGGAGCGGCCAAGAGUGAGAGCGACGCCUCCCCGCGCGCCCUCGCCAAGAAGCAGAAGUCUCAGUGAAGGGGGCUGAUGGGUCCGUCGCCGUGACGACCGCCGUCGUGGUGCCACGGGUUGCGAGGGGUGGGGGGGGGGCAUUGCCCCCCCCACCGUUGCCACCGCCACCGCACGCUCGCUGCCCACUCGCUGCCCACCGUCCGCGACAUCAACGCCGUCCGCCCGGCUGCCUCUCUACCCACGUGUCUGUCAGUUUGUUCGUCCGUGCGUGCGUGUGUGCGUGCGUACCUCGGCAUAAAUGCGCGCACGCCACACGCGCUCACUCGCUUGCACCCGCACAUUCGCUUACACACACACACACGUUCACUUACAUGCACACGGAAACACGCACUCACCUAGCCGUCCAGUCGGCCCGUGCCUGCGUUUGCUUUGUCCUGUGUAGAUGCUAUUCUGAGUUUGUCAUUGUGUGCGCGUGUGUGUUAGUGUGCGCGCGUGUGCGUUAGUGUGUGCGCGUGCGGGUUAGUGUGCGUGUGUGUGUGUGAGCCACAAGGAAAAGGGGUUGGUUGUGUGUGUGUUAGCUGUGCGUGUGCGAGUGCCUGCGUGUGUGCGUGACCGCUUGAGGCCAUGUGCGUGCGUGUGUGUGUGUGUGGCGCGUGUACGUUCGACUGCAAGUCCCCCGUGCGAUUGUUCUCGUGGCCGGGCGUGCCGAUGAGUCGGGCACGGACUCAUCGUCGUGACAACUCGCGAGUUGCUCUGCUCGCCAGCCCCACAAGGCACUCGCCACUCGCCUCGCCCUCGCCUCAACGCGCCUAUUCCCUUGAAGUCGCCUCCAGGCCUGUGACAACAAAUGGGUAAUCGACGACUUGCAAUCGGUUAUCGAUGGAUCGCCGAUGACGUUUCGAGUGCAGUGGUGCGUCUGUCCGACUCGAUUAUGUUUCGAUGCCCCCCCCCCGUAUGUUGCGGGCGCUUGCAGUGUGAUGACCCUCCCUUGUGGUCGUGAAAUUCAAAACUCACGACCCCCCCCCCCCACCACCCGCCCGCCCACCCACCGCUCUCUCCAGGAUCGUGAUGAAUUCGUACUCCACUCACCUCCACUCACCUCCACUCACCUCCACUCAGGGAGGAUGAGGUCACGAGGUGGUUAAUAAUGACGACCAACGACCCCGGGGAGCACAUCUUGUGCCCCCCCCCCUUCAUUAAUAAUGCAAAAAUAAUUCGAUGUUAUUUGGUCAAUAACAAACGAAUAAUUGGUCCCUCCCUCAGUGGAGAUCCGUUCCGCCAGCAGUGGCCUGUGCAAGCGAUUGCAGGGCUGCGCCUUUAUAGCUGGCGGUGGGAGGUUUACAGUGGCCACCACCGAACCCCCCCCCCCAAACCCCCCCCUCGUACGAUAUCCUCGUGGUCGUGAGACCCACUCCUGCGUCUCCACCGGGUUGUAAAGACGGCUGCCAUCUGGGUCGUAAGAUGCCUCCACCAGAUGGAUCGCAAGACGCCCGGUGUUUGUGUCCGGGCAGGAUCGCGUGCGCGCACAUGUACUUUACAGAGAUCACGAGCCUCCUCUUCCCCCCACCCCGUAGAGCCUUCGAUAGACUCGGAGCAAAGUGCUGUUAGCGAAUAGCGCCUCCUGCGAGGUCUGGCGUGGCACACGGCGGGAUGGUGCGGCUCGCGCCGCCACGCCCGGCCGCCUUUGUCUCCCUCGCGGCGAUGGACACACCAUCGGGGGAGUGCCGGUGACCGCUGUUUAGAUACUCGUCAAACGCUGCUGGUGGCGGUGAAGCGGGGGAUUGGGGUGCGCUAACCGCAAUGCCACCGCUCCCCCCCCCACAACAUCGAACACCACGCGGGCCAACGUAGCCAACCAGCCGGAUCGUGAGAUGCGCGCCCGUAAUUUUGGUUUCCUUUUUCGAUGAAUGAUUUCUUUUCAAAUCGCGGCUUGCCGAGCACAAGGGAGGGGGGGGGGGGGGUGGAGCCACGGGUCCGACACGCCACGUGACCAGCGACGGUACCGUGCCGUUGACUUUUUAAUUGAUGAGAGUACGAUUUUAAUACGAGGGCUCGGGAGGAAAGGGAGACGGUUUGUGCGAAUGUUGAACUUCUUUGCCAUCGUACGUAGCCGGCCGUGCUAAUCGGAGGUGCGGGGGUGGGGUGGGGGGACAACAGGGCGAGUGUCUACCUGGGCGAGUGUCUACCUGGGCUGCUGGCAACAACGCGCGGGGUCUCUCCGUGGCAGAGGUCGCAACCGGGUACCCGAUACCCGUACCCUACCCGAUACCCGGCUACCCGUACCCGGCCGGGUACGGGUAGCCGUUUGCGACUCUGGUGCGGCCGGGUACGGGUAGGCCGUGAGUCACUGGUGAGUAACCGUUUGUCACUCAUUUCCCAACGUCUUGUCUCUUCUCACAAUUCAAGUUCCUAGAAUCAACCCACCCGCGCCUGCAACAUGGCUUCAUCCCAGAGGUCGCAAUCAGGUACCCGUACCCUACCCGAUACCCGGCCGGGUACGGGUAGCCGGGUACCCGUUUGCGACCCUGGUGCGGCCGGGUACGGGUAGACCGUGAGUCACUGGUGAGUAACCGUUUGUCACUCAUUUCCCAACGUCUUGUCUCUCUCACAAUUCAAGUUCCUAGAAUCAACCCACCCGCGCCUGCAACGUGGCUUCAUCCCAGAGGUCGCAAUCAGGUAUCCGUACCCUACCCGAUACCCGGCCGGGUACGGGUAGCCGGGUAUCAGGUAGGGUACGGGUAUCGGGUACCUGAUUGCGACCCUAGUGCGGCCGGGUACGGGUACGGAAUCAAAACCGUUUGCGACCUCUGCUCCGUGGGCUGCGUUUCCUUGCCCGGGUUGAGGUUAGAGGACGGGGGAGAGACGGGCGGGCGGGGUUGGGAUACGGGGAGUGUGUUGGGGGGGGGUGGCGGUGAUGCUGGUUGGUUAUGGGCAAGAUUCUGGUGUUUGACCUGCAGCCAACCAUCACCAGUGUGCGUCUGAUGAUGUUGUUUGUGUGUGUGUGUGGUGUGUGUGGCGUCGAUGAGACAA